GCCGUCGAGCGGGGAGUCUCCACCCAGCCGUGUAGUUGCUGAGUGACCCCACCCAUUAGCAGCUGAGCGACUCAAACCGAGCGGGUGGGAGAGAGCCCUGAAGCAGAGCGCGACGGUGGUAGCAGCAAGGCCGGCUUGUUCCGGGGGACAAUAGAGGCGCUGGGCCUGGCUGCGCUGCGAGAUCGGAGCAGGGGCAGGAUGCUGGCGCUUUUUACCAAGCUGCUGGACUGGUUCCGGGCGCUCUUCUGGAAGGAAGAGAUGGAGCUCACCCUGGUGGGGCUGCAGUACUCGGGCAAGACCACCUUCGUCAACGUGAUCGCGUCGGGGCAGUUCAAUGAAGAUAUGAUCCCAACGGUGGGCUUCAAUAUGAGGAAGAUCACCAAAGGAAAUGUUACUAUAAAGCUCUGGGAUAUCGGGGGCCAGCCUCGUUUUCGUAGCAUGUGGGAGCGGUACUGCCGUGGAGUCAGUGCCAUUGUAUACAUGGUAGAUGCUGCAGACCAGGAGAAGAUUGAAGCCUCAAAGAACGAACUUCACAAUCUGCUUGAUAAGCCACAGCUCCAGGGCAUCCCUGUCCUAGUUCUUGGGAACAAGCGAGAUCUCCUUGGUGCCUUGGAUGAGAAGGAGCUCAUUGAGAAGAUGAACCUAUCUGCCAUCCAGGACCGAGAGAUCUGUUGCUAUUCAAUCUCUUGCAAAGAAAAGGACAACAUUGACAUCACCUUACAGUGGCUUAUUCAGCACUCAAAGUCCCGGCGAAGCUGAGAGCCCUUUGGCCAGGUCUUGGAUCGGGAAGAUGCCAUUGUAUAAGCCCAAACGCGCCUCCUCUCUCUUCUGUCCCCCUCCCAUCUCCUGCUCUUUCCAACCCUCUUGCCCACCUCCCUCUCCCUAGAUGGGUAUUUUUAGGGGACCCCACACUCCUCUUCUGCUGAGAUUGAACUCCUGUUUUUAUUGUAAAGAAACUGUCUGCCUCCUUCCCCUCCUCCCCCUGCUCCCUACUCUGGUUUUGGCACUGUUCUGUUGUCGUCGGUGUGUGUACAGUAUAUAUAUAUAUAUGUAUAUAUAUUUUAAUUUUUUAAUUUAAGCAAUUAUACUGUUGUUAAACAGGGCCUGUGAGCUGUCAAGGGGCCAUUGGCAAGUGGAUGGGGCGGAGAAGUACCAAACUCAGUAUUGGAAAUGUGACAAGCAGCCACGGGGCAGUUGGGAUCUUGCUGAAGGGGAGCAGGGCUUUGGGCAGUAUCUUCCCCGCAAGAGACUUCCUCCUUCUCCAGCACCUUCCUUCUUCCUCUGUGCCAGAAUCUAGUGGUCACUUCUUCUCUCUUCAUUGCCCCAAGCUGCUCACUGGCAUGGGGGGGAGCCCCUGGAAACAGUUUAUAGAGCAGUAUUGUUCCUGUUCAGUCCUCUUGUCGGAGACUGGUGGAGAGUUGAUGCCUGUCCACUGAGUCUUGGGGAGCAAAGGCCAGUUCUGAAGUUUCCCACUGGGCAGGAUGUUGAAUUUUCUGUACAGUGAGCUUUGACUCCCACUCAGCUUGCUCCUGAAAUCCCCCCAGUAUCAUCUCCCUCUGGGCCCUGCCUGAUGAACCUAUGUCUGGUGUAUGCUGGGUGGUCACUCUUCGCACCUUGUAUGCUAACCUUCCUUCUAGGACUGGUGUCUUUCUCUCAGUCAACACCUGAGCAGAAGUAGGCAGAGCAUGACAUGCAUCCCUUGACUGUGAAGGCAGAAUUUGGGCCUAGGGUUGUAGUGUGCUGCCAAAGCAAGCUACCAGACCUAGAGUAGUCCGGGUUUAUUGUGACCCUAUUUUUAGGCCUCCCAUUCAUGCCAAACCCUUGUGGAUUGUUCAGCUUGUGAGGGACAGUGGGAGGAAGAGUUUAUGCCUAAAUUCCCUUCAAAACCCUUUGGACAAGAAAUGGGUUUUAGGAUGCUUGCCUCAAAUCCUAGAUCCCAUUGACAUGGAUUUCAGAGCAGAGAAAAUGAGGGGCAGGAAUUGUGCUCUGUCGAGUUGGGAGGUGCUUCUGCAGUCCACAGCAUAGUCCCUAGGAGCAAGGGCUAUUAUUCGGCUUUCUAGGCUUGAAUGUGUCCCCCUCCCGGCACCCAGGGCUAAGUGCAUGCUGCCUCUCCUCCCCCCCCCCAGUUAGGGUGUGAGGCUUUGGGCUUGGGAUAAAACAGAUGCUUAGGAGGACAUUCUCAUUCUGUUUUGCUCUCAUAUGCACACAAGGUUGUGUGAGAGAAGCUUUUGCUUCACGCCCUGCUAAGCAAUAGGGUGCUUGAGUUUCCAGCGAAAGGCUCUGGUAGGAAGAGGGAGAUAUUCAUGGUCAGGGAUGUUAACCUGUGCUGGUGUCUGUUCACCCUGGGAUUUACAGCAGCCUCUACAGGGUCCAGGAGUGUGGUUAGGGGAAUUUUAAGGCUUCAUGUGCUAGCCCUCUUGUAUCCCUGUUAAGGACAGCUGAUGGCAGGCCACAGGUAGCCACGUCUUCCCCGUCCCAUUUAAGAUGUGGGCAUGUGUGAGACUGCAGGGCCCUGUCUGCCUUUGCCUGUCCCUGUCCUGCACUGAGCUACUCCCUUCAGGGGGGGCUUUCUAACAGCAUCUUUUUUUUCCUCCUCUGUUCUCAUCUUCACAGAAUUGCACAAGGAGAUAUUUUACUUUUUUAAUUUAAUGAAUUGUAAAGUGUCAUUAUUCCUUUUUUAAAAUAUAUUUUUGGCUCAUUAUUUGACCUUCUCUGUUGGGAUAUGAAUCUUGUAACAGUACAUUUUUUGCCUCCUAA